AAAUAGUUUUUAAUUUAUCUGAGAUUUAUUUUGUGCAGGUCACCUCUGUCCUGGAGUCAUUUGUGUUAAUAACUUGCAUCUUGUUAUCAUGUGUUACUGAGAGAAACCGGACCAGUGUACCUAAGUAUAAAUUCUUGAGUGCAUGAAUGCCAGAGUUGAAGUGAAAAUUCUGCUUGUCUUUUGAUAUGUUUUAUCUCGAGUAGAGGAAGAUGGUUCAUGUCCAAGCAAAUCACCUACCUGCAAGCUUCUUGACAUCUCACUAAUUCGAUAUUUUAUUUCUCUUCACUCUUUUCUGAUAUGUAAAAUCAUGCAUAAUAUUUUCAAUGUAGUUGAUGUAUAUACUUUCCAAGGUAGCUUGCUGAAAUGAUGAUGAAGUAUUUGUACAUCGUAUUUGAGGCCUAGAUGCGACUUGUAAAUUAGGGCUAUAAUUUUUGAAAUAUGCUUUACAUUACAAAUUAUUAUGUGCAUUAGGUUUUUUGAAAAUUCGAAAAUGUAAGGUGUAUCUGGCUUUAACUUCUUUUAGUAGAAAAAAAUGUGCGCUUCAUUCAACCAAAGAUAAUGUUCUUACUAUCAGCUUUACAUUUAUUUUUUUAAAGAGGGACGGCCUCUCUGAAUUUCAUUUAACUGAAACCAUAAUAUGUUAUCAGCUCAUAGACUAUGUAGAAUAAAAUGAGGGCUAUGAUCCAGCCAACGUGCUUCUGCGCCACUCACGCACGGUCAUGAGUAUCUAUCUGUUGUCAAUAUUGAACAACGCGAGAUACAAGUACUCGAUUCUUUUGGUUCUCGAAUGAGCCAAGCUGAUCUACAACUUACGCUUCAGGGGCUUGAGGCGCAUCUAAAGAUUGCUUCUAAGAUGAAUGGGUUUAACCUAGGUACUUGGCCAGAUAUUGAUGUAACUAGAUGGACUAUAAAAGAGUAUAUUCAAGAUCGAAUUCAAUCUGAUGGAUCAUCUUGCGGCUUGUUCAUGCUACAAUUCAUUGAAUACUGGACAGGACACAAACUGUCACAUCCUAUUACACAGGAAGAUGUCAAACCCUUCAGGCAAAAAGUAGCAAUCAUUCUCCAUGAAUCAGAUCUGAACGAUAUAAAAGGAACUCCUGAGUACCAUAAUCCAGCAGACGAUAUAAUAGAUACUGACGGUGUUGAAAUAUUGGACCCGCCACCUGCCAUGGUUGUUCUGAGAAUGCCACUUAAUAAAAAUGAGCUACUUUGCAAACUUCGAGGUCAUAUCAUGUCCAUUCAUAAUGCAGAUUCCCGAGAGAAAGAAUGGAUCCGUAGCUCCAAGCCCUACCCACUAAGUAUAAGUCUUAGACAACUACAAGACUUACUAAAGAAUACACGGGCUAUUGAUGUCGACAGUUUUAACAUGGCUGUUCGAGUAAAUGCUACAGACGACAUUCAAUGGGCUAAAGACACUCCAUAUCACUAUAUGGAUCUCAGAUUUUCUAUGAUACUAAAUGACUCUACACAAGAUCCAAAACUCCGUUUACCAUUUGAUGCCCAACGCUACAUUAUUGCAAAACUAUUUCAUUGUUGGCCUGAUAUGUGCUUUGACGUCUCGGUGUGCAAGUUGAUUUUGUUGCCGUUUUGUACAACCGGUCGCUUCAUCCUCUUCCUGUUCGACCUAUUGGAUAGAACAAUCACUAUACUUGACCCUCUUCCCCUAUCGGAUGCAUGGAAAAAGAAUCCUUCACAGAAGGACAUAUUUAAGAUUCAAUGUAUUUCAUUCCAUCUAAACAUAGCAUUACAAGAUGCAAUUCCUGGCUGGAAUGAUGAUGUUUUUAGAUGGCGUCGCAUCAUACCAAUUGGAGUUCCAAAAAACCCAAACAGCAAUAUGUCUGGGUUUUUAGUUUUAAAGAGUAUGCGCACGUGGCAUGAUCAUGAACAUGGAUUACCAGUUGUCCCGGACGAUUAUGACCUACGGAAUCAGGUGUUGGCACACUUGCUGUCGUACAAGGACAAUGAAUACGUAGAAAAUAUUCCACAAGUCGUGCGUGAUUUGGUGAAGAGAAUUGGGAUAAACUUUUUUUAGUCAGAGAAUCAUAUGUGUUAUUUUAUUACAACAG